UUCUCGAACGUUGUUUGUCUAUGAGUUUGAAAAUGGCGGCUCCUAAAGAGAAAGAUGGUCGGCCGGGGAAACCUGCGGGGAAGGAAUCACAACCCUUAAUAAUAGCCAAAACCCCGGCCGAGGAGCAGCGGCUAAAGUUGGAGAGGUUAAUGCGAAACCCUGACAAACCUGCGCCCGUGCCUGAACGACCGAAAGAAUGGAACCCUCGUGCCCCACCGGAGUUUGUGCGGGAUGUAAUGGGCUCCAGUGCAGGGGCUGGUAGCGGAGAGUUCCAUGUGUACAGACACCUUCGUCGUCGAGAGUAUCAGCGACAGGACUUUCUUGACCGGAUGACUGAAAAGCAAAGGCUUGAUUAUGAAUAUCAGGAUAAACUACUGGAGAAUCAAAGACAAGCUGAGGAAAGGACAGCUAAACGAAAGAAGAAGAGGGAAAAGCUGAAGCAAAAGAAGCUGAUGGCAAAGAAAGUCAAAGUGGAGAGUGAGACUGCAGAAGAUAAUAAUGAGUCAGCCUCCAGCAGCGAUAAGGAGGAGCCAGAUCAUGAGGCUGAGGAUGAUGCUGAUGUUCCCAGCUUUGUCAUGGGAAAGAGGUGACACCGUGGUCCUCUGGUCUACACCAACCGCAAGGAAGAGGUUCUGAUCGGGCACUCGCUGGGGGUCAUUGGACCUGUGUCGCAGCAUUUGGGGACAUAACCAGCCUGAAUGGGUUUGAUGUACUGACAGGCUUGAAAAGACUUUGCCUUCUUUAAAAGGUGUUUAAAGAUUUGCUCUGCCGAAAUGAUUUUCGUACCCGCUAGAACUUUAGGGUAGGGCUCCUUGACACAAAAUUACUUUUACUAGACUGAAAGAAAACAUUUUGUGUUAGUAAUUUGUAACAUUUAGGUUUGUUCGGUGUUAAAUAUUCCCAGUGAAUUUGACUAUUAUUUGUCUUUAAUUUGUGUGAAAUAAUGCCUGGCAUACUAGCACCCAAAUUUCUGGGUGCUCAUUCCUAUACUUUUCACCUUGUUAUUUGGAUUUUUAAUAAAAUAAAAAAAUGAAGUAUUUUCAAUUUU